UUUGGAUUAUGUUUACAUCGGUAGGCAGUCAGUAUAUUUUCGGGCGCUAACGUGAUAAUAUGCGCUACUCUUCUUCGUACGCUCUGUAUCUGUCUGAGGAAGCGCUUCUAUGAAACACCCUGGAUUUAUCUGUGCUGUGUGUGGAUGUGUCUUGUUUUGUGGUGUGCGAUGAUUUUGUGGAUUAGUGUUUCUUAAUUACAUGCACCAGCUUAGGAUAUAAAAGGGAAUAUACGUUAUCAGUUUGGCUGUGAGGUCUAUGGAAAGACCGCCUGAGUACCAAGAAGAGCCGCCACCAGGUCUAGAGGCCAUGUGGGGGAUGGAGGCUGGCGCCGAAUGUGACUGUCCGGGACCACCUCCGGAGUUCCUCCUGCCGCCUCCCCCACGGCCACCUAUCCUGCAGCCGGAAAAUCCUCUUUACUGCUCGGAAGAUCCGUUACCUAUUGAAACUUGCGACGCUUUACCUCUGAUUGACGCAAGUUACCGCAGCAGUCCCUCGUUCCAGACUUCAGCUGUGAUAGCGUUAUGUGUUGUUCUUCUCGUCCUGGCUGUGUUUAUAGGCAUCAUACUUGUAUGGAAACAUAAAAGGAAAGUACAGAAUUUCCUUCCCUGUAAAAAUUCACCCCAAAACAACUGUGAUGGCUCUAAUACUGCCGGUGUGAUAUACGAAGAUGUGCACGACGUCAUGCACAGAGCUACACCUACACAUCAUAAUCCUAGUGGACAUAUCGUUGCGCCUUCCAUAGAGAUGAUAGACGUUAAGAACAACAUUCACUACCCUAGUGGAUAUCCGAUAUCUCAGCACCCACCUGUGUUUCUGUGUUCAUCUCCAGGACCAGAUCCGUACUGCUCCCAAGAUCUGUAUAAUCCCGUCUAUGAAGAGUUGAGUGAUGGCGAUAGCGAAAUUACUCCCGCUCAUCACAGCGAGGAUGAGUUUGCCGAGGACGAACUUAGUUUAGGUGAUAACGGCGACCGUCGCCUUAACAUUCCUCCCCCACCAUAUCGUCCCGAUCUCCAGAUGCAAAGAAGAGAAGCAGCCAGAUACAGAAGGCCUCAGGAACCACUGCCGCCUAUUCCGUGCAAUAAAAAAACCAAAAGCUUAGACAAACAGCGCCGGCAGGAAUUUCACGAAGGAAUGCUGUUGGACGCGCUUCUUCAAUUAUAUCCGCGAGUGGGUAGUGUCGAGCCCCCUAACCGAAGGCAAGUUGUUCCUAGUAUAACACAAAGACUACAGUGUUUACCGCAAACGCCGGGGCCGUACGAAACUAUGCCCGUUCUGGGACAUUUAGCCACUUUCAGGCCAGUACCCAAACCGUACUCGCAGGACUCUGCUUUUGGGUCAGACUCUGGUUAUAGUAAUCAUACGAGUGGGACGCGGGGUUCGAAUAGAGGUCGGAGAGAUCCGAGACGAUUAUCACAAUUAAGUGCGGAUCUAAAUUUAACGUAGAUCACGUUUUGUUGUAUAGUGACACGGAAUGACCGAAAAAAACGUGAAAAUGUGUGCAAAUGCUACGUUUAUCUCAGCAUGUGAUAAUUUUACUUAUUAUUGUACUUACUUAUACACGUUUUCGUUUUUGUGUCACUGAAUCCAUGUAACAAUAGUGAUUGUAUAAAAAUUACCUCAAGCAACAACAUUCCAUUAUAUUUAGGGUAAAUGUCAUGCAAUUGCACAAAUUCACUCAGUUAAGGUAAUUUGUAAAUAUCUCACGUGUACAUAGAUAGGGACACUUUUGGCCAACCAAAGUUUCUAGAGUAAUUAUUUUUAUCUUAAUGACAACUUGUACAUAUUUUGUUAAUAUUAUUUAUUUAUUGUACCUAUAGACUUAUCAGGAUUUGUUGUUAGUCCGAUCUUUUUCAUAUCUUAAAACUAGUUUAGCGGAACAACCAAUGCUUAAAACUUAAUCUAAAGCUCUUUCUACUUUCCUACUAUAAAUUUAGCGAAUUGUUCUGAAAUUGAGUACUUUAGCUUUUAGCUUUCCUUAGAUUUCAAACACGACACGGAAUCUCACGUUUUACUUUAUAAAUGUGAAUAGCAAUAGGUAACAGAUUUCUUAAAAUAGCUGGUUAACGAUAUAAUAAAAUUUUCUGUUUUAAUAUAGCCUAGGGUUGUGCAAAAUAAGAUAUAUUGUUUCGUAACCACAACGCAUUACCCUCCUUCACUAAUAUUAGCUAUUCAUUAUUUAUUGCACAGUUUAAUUUGUACCUCAAUACAUGUACACAGGGUCAUAGGUUAAGUUGGCACUCUAUGCUUUUGAUUCAAAACAAACUUACAAAAACGCAGGAGAGAUUUUUAUAAUUAUCGUUUCGUUUGUAUGUUGAACGUGGUUUUUAAUUGUUUAUAAAUUCAGUGUUAUAUGCUAGUCCAAUUCAUAUUAUAUUAUUUUUAAAUGAAA